GUGUGUGGAUCGAACGACGUGACCAGAGGAAAAUUCUUCUUCGGUGGGAAAACAGAAGAAAAUCGUACCAUUUUUCGCCUUUUGAGCACCGGGACGCGGGCGUGCCUUUCCCCAAGUUCGUUGUGAUCGUCGUGGAAAAAAUCGUCGGCGUGGAAAAAUGAAAUUAUGAUAAAAUAUUUGCUAGUGAAAUAGGACCAUCGUUGCUCGGGUGGUUUUUCCAGAAUUUUCCCCUUUUUCUGUUUGGUGAAAAACUAGGUGGAAAACUGUAGUCGAGAAGGGAAAACAUCGCGAAUUUUCCGUGAAAGGAACCAUUCAGGCACGUCGAAAAGCACCAAAUUGAAUAGAAAGGAUACUUUUUUCCUCCCCUUGAAAAAAUGUUGUUUCACAAAAGAGAACUGGCCAUGCUGCUGGUCCUACUGGUAGCCCUUGCCCUGGCCACCUCAGAAGAAAGCCAAACGAGAACCCACAAAGCCAUGAGGGCCUUCGACAGGACGAAAACCUCCUUCCAGCAGAGUGAGGCCACUACCACCGCCGCUAAUGAGGACCAGGUUGUCGAUGAGGACGACCAGGAGCAGGAUCAUUAUGAUGAGAACGAUGGCGAUGAUGAUGGUGAGGAGGAAGAGGCUGAUAGCACAGCUGGUCCGACAACACCGGCCACCGGUAAUUAUGUCGCGACUACGCCGAAAAUUGUGAAAUCAACGAAGGUAUUGAGCAGAUACGAGCAAGGUCUCGAAGACUACGAGGAAGCCGCCCAGCGAGUCGAACAGGAGCAACUCCAGGAGCAGAAGGUCUCGCGCCAGCAGCAACUCAGCGGUCUGGCCCGACCGUUCAUGACGCUGUUCAGCGUGCUCGGCAAUGCGCUAUCGUCCGGAAGAUCGAUGCAAGUGGCCACCGGUCCGGAUCCGUCGUGGCUUUUCCGUGGCAUCCUCGGCGGCGCCGGCAGGAAGGGCGACGACGGCCAGGUUGGAAAAUCAACAAGCUCAGACGACGACGCUGCAGAUAAUCAAAAUGCCAAUUCGACCGCGUUGCUGGUGCCAGCUGCCGCCAAGGAGGAGGGCCGUUACAUCAAGGGUGACCCGCUGAACGGAUACUACGACUUUGUAAUCUCCGAGGGAUCGUACAAAUUUUGGGCCGCUUUCCAGGUGGCGACAGCUGUGCUCAUCAUCUAUUCCACCUUCGCCGCCAUCUAUUACUCGAAGGUGAGCCCGCUGACGUCGGACUACGACUACAUCGACUACCUGAACGGUGGCCGGUCCUUUGCCGGUGGAAGAUCUACGAUGGUGGGACCAGCUCCAGCGGCAUCUGCCCGCGGUGACCACGGCAGCCUGUCCUGGCAGGACCGAAUGCUGGACAAACCGUGGUUCAACAUGGCGGCCCAGUCCUUUGCGUUCGUGAUGGAAGCCAUCGAGAGGGCACCCAAGUAGAGUACGGAUUGCGGCGAUGGGACCAAUAUUGGCCGGAUUCUUAGGAAACAUUCGACACUGCUGGCGGCAAAACGGGGACGGGAGUUUUGUGUGAGGCCAGGCGGGUUUUGAAUGUUUCGUUGGAAUGGCCAGAGUCGGCAUAUGGAGGACGACUUAUUAGAAAUUUAGGAAGUUAUAUCUGCAUAUUACAUUUGGACCAGUUUAAAAUGUGUUCUGUCGAAGAGGAAGAAGCACCACGUGUUGCU